CUGCGCGGUAGGUGAGAGUGAGAGCGAAGGGGCGGCCUGCCGGGAACUCUGCCCACCCUCGCCCAGCCAGUCCCCUGCGCCCCUGCGUCACCGGGCCAUGGGAGCCGGCCGCCUGGAGGGAAGGCGCCUCUGAGACCCGACCCACGCCGGGACCAUGAAGAGCAAUCGGGCCCGGCAGGGCGGCGGGGGCCCCAGGGACUUCGGCGCGGAGCUCAAGUACAGCUCGCAGCACCAGAACAUGAAUGGCUUGGAGGAAGGUGUGGAGUUCUUACCAGCCAACAAUGCCAAGAAGGUGGAGAAGCACGGCCCAAAGUGCUGGGUGGUGCUGGCGGCUGUGGUCACUGGCGUCUCCGUGCUGUCCCUCCUGGUUGGCUUCCUGGUGUGGCACUUCCAGUCCCGGAACGCGCAGGUCCCCAUGAUCUUCAACGGCCACCUGAGGAUCACAAAUGAGAAAUUCCUGGAUGCCUACGAGGACUCCAACUCCACAGAGUUUGUAAACCUGGCCACCAAGGUGAAGGAAGCGCUGAAGCUGCUGUACAGAGGGAUCCCCGUCCUGGGCCCCUACCAUAAGGAGUCGGCCGUGACGGCUUUCAGCGAGGGCAGCGUCAUCGCGUACUACUGGUCUGAGUUCAGCCUCCCACAGCACCUGGCGGAGGAGGCCGAGUGGUCCAUGGCGCAGGAGCGCAUCGUCACGCUGCCGCCCCGUGCCCGCGCUCUCCAGUCCUUCGUCAUGACGUCCGUGGUGGCCUUCCCCACGGACCCGAGAAUGGCCCAAACAACCCGGGACAACAGCUGCAGCUUCGCCCUGCACGCCCGAGGCGGGGAGCUGACGCGCUUCACCACGCCCGGCUUCCCCGACAGCCCCUACCCGGCCCGUGCUCACUGCCAGUGGGCCCUGCGGGGGGACGCCGGGGCCGUGCUGAGCCUCACCUUCCGCAGCUUCGACGUGGCGCCCUGCGACGGGCACGACAGAGACAUGGUGGCCGUGUACGACACGCUGAGCCCCAUGGAGCCCCACGUGCUGGUGCAGCUCUGUGGCGCCUACCCUCCCUCCUACAACCUGACCUUCCUCUCCUCCCAGAACGUCUUGCUCGUCACGCUGAUCACCACCACCGAGCGGCGGCACCCGGGCUUUGAGGCCACCUUCUUCCAGCUCCCUAAGAUGAGCAGCUGUGGAGGCUACUUUCGUCAAGCCCAGGGGACAUUCAGCAGCCCCUAUUACCCGGCCCACUACCCACCCAACAUCGACUGCACCUGGGACAUCGAGGUGCCGGCGAACAGGAACGUGAAGGUGCGCUUCAACGUCUUCUACCUGGUGGAGCCUGAAGUGGCCCUGGGCACCUGCACCAAGGACUACGUGGAGAUCCACGGGGCGAGGUACUGCGGCGAGAAGCCCCAGUUCGUGGUCACCAGUAACAGCAGCAGGGUCACCGUUCGCUUCCACUCGGAUGCGUCCUACACCGACACAGGGUUCCUGGCUGAAUUCCUCUCCUACGACUCCAGUGAUCCGUGUCCUGGCAUGUUCACAUGUAACACGGGGCGCUGUAUCCGCAAGGCCCUGCGCUGCGACGGCUGGGUCGACUGCGCGGACCACAGCGAUGAGCUCAACUGCCAAUGCAACCCCGCCCACCAGUUCACCUGCAAGAACAAGUUCUGCAAGCCCCUCUACUGGGUCUGUGACAAUGUCAACGACUGUGGGGACAACAGUGACGAGCUGGGCUGCAGCUGCCCAGCUCAGAACUUCAAGUGUGGCAACGGGAAGUGCUUGCCAAAGAGCCAGCAGUGUGAUGGGCGAGACAACUGCGGGGACGGGUCGGACGAGGCCACCUGUGACAGAGUGAGCACUGUCACCUGCACCAAGCACACUUACCGCUGUCACAGCGGGCUCUGCGUGAACAAGGCCAACCCUGAGUGCGACGGGCAGCAGGACUGUGCUGACGGCUCGGACGAGAAGGACUGCGAUUGCGGGCUGCGGCUGUUCAGCAAGCGGUCGCGGGUCGUGGGGGGUGAGGAUGCAGAUGUGGGCGAGUGGCCCUGGCAGGUGAGCCUGCACGCCCAGGGCCAGGGCCACGUCUGCGGGGCCUCGCUCAUCUCGCCCAGCUGGCUGGUGUCCGCGGCGCACUGCUACGUCGAUGACAGAGGAUUCAAGUACUCCGACCCCACCCUGUGGACCGCCUACCUGGGGCUGCUGGACCAGAGCGACCGCAGCGCCCAAGGGGUGCAGGAGCACCGGCUCAAGCGCAUCAUCCCCCACGCCUUCUUCAACGACUUCACCUACGACUACGACAUCGCGGUGCUGGAGCUGGAGCGGCCGGCCGAGUACAGCAACGUGGUGCGGCCCGUCUGCCUGCCCGACGCCACCCACGUCUUCCCGGCGGGCAAGGCCAUCUGGGUCACGGGCUGGGGCCACACCCAGGAGGGAGGCACUGGGGCGCUGAUCCUGCAGAAGGGCGAGAUCCGCGUCAUCAACCAGACCACCUGUGAAAGCCUGCUGCCGCAGCAGCUCACCUCCCGCAUGAUGUGCGUGGGCUACCUCAGCGGGGGCGUGGACGCCUGCCAGGGCGACUCCGGGGGCCCGCUGUCCAGCGUGGAGGCCGACGGGCGAAUCUUCCAGGCCGGCGUGGUGAGCUGGGGUGAGGGCUGUGCUCGGAGGGACAAGCCAGGCGUGUACACGAAGCUGUCCGAGUUUCGGGACUGGAUCAAGGAGAAGACGGGGGUGUAGAGGCCGGGGCCGCCCCCUGGCCCCCCGACGCGCACGCCUGGGGCCGAGGACAGAUGCGCUGCCCGUGGGCACCCCUCCGCGGGGCCUGCGGAGCCCGGACUGCGAACCGAUCCCCCAGGACUCCGGAGACGGCGCGUCCGCCUGGGCUCCAAAGCCGCCCGGGGCUGGGAGGAGAGGACAUGGCGACGCCGGCCCCUCCCUGCCACCGCUGAGCUGGGCCGAAUCUCGGCCCUAAAGUCCCGCUUCGUCCCCGCUCCGAGGAGCAGCAGUAACUGCCAAGGAGGGUCAGACCCUUCAGCAGCCCAGGCCAGAAGGAGUGGGGUGAAAGACGAGGCUGAGAUUGGAAUUGUUUUCGUGGCUCCUGGGGUGGGGUCCAGUGUGUGUAUUUUAGUGUAUAUGAGUAAAACAUCUUGUUUCUUUUUAAUUAUUUUUUUCCAUUCUGGAGUUGAUGGGUCUCCCUCCUCUUUCCUCGCAGCCCUAGUUGCAAGAAACUCGACUUAAAUUCCCCGAGAGUGGCGGCCCCAGCCCCGAGGCCCUGUUCUCCAGGCCAGUAUGGGGCUGCAUUUCUGCUCCCACCUGGAGCAUUGGGGUGGGAGGGGUGCUGGUGCCCGGAAAGGAACUAUUUACGGAAGAGGCGUGUGGUAGGGAGGGAGGAGAAACUUGUCAUGAGGAAGCCAGAAGGAAGCUGGGUUUCCCAUGAGACCCACCCCCCCAAACAGUGUCUGUGUGGGUAGUGGGUGCACAGCCUGCGGAUGCAGCCUGAGGCCUUACUUAAGAACCCCACCCUUCUAGUGCCAUUGAUUUUUGCGGAUUAACUUAAAAUAGUCUGUCCCCUUGCUUGAGGUGGCCCAGAGGGACAGUGUCAAGGAGCUGGGAAAGGGUUAGGAGCUCUUAACCCUGGGCCUUUGAAGGGCCUUCCCCAAGGAAGCUUUAGGGACCCCCACAUGCCCAGGCACUCUAACACAGCCCAGCUGACGGGGGGUGGGAUGGGGUGGGCGGUGGACCUAAGGAGGUGAAUCCACAGACAGUGUCCUGAGAGCAGAUGUCCCUGCUCACCUCUGCAUCCCCACGGACAGAGAUGAUGAUACAUAUUUGUGGAAUGAACUGCGUUAUGGUUGCAACAGGAGGAAGGAUACAGCCGAGUUGGAGCAAUUGGGAAGACUUCUUGGAGGAGGUGUGGUUGAGCUACCUCUUUCAUUUGAGCCGAAUGUUUUCCCCUCUCAAGGGAGGGAGAAGCACUGUCUGGACCCCUGCACAAGCGCCUGUGUUGGAGUUCCCUCCCACAUGCAGUGAACUGUUUUUACCAAGGCAUGGAAGGAAGAAUAAAAACACCAUCACGAGGCUCCUGUGCAUGCUGUAUAAUGUUGUAAAUAGCGUCUGUUUUUUCCCGUGACAUGGUGUGUUCCUCCUGGUCGUUUCUAGCAAAAGUGUCCCAGUGUCGAUGCUAUGCAAGUGCCUACAUUAAAUGG